CGUUAAUUUGAUGAAAAUGCAAUGGUGAUAAGAUUUUUAUCGUUUUACAGGCUUCUUAUUUAUAAUUGAUUGUUCCGUUUUAUGUUUUCAUUGACUUCAGUGAUAACAACUCAGUUCUUUACGAGUGUGUGCAUAUAUACGUACAGCACAUACUUUAAGGGUAAUCCAUGGUGUUGAAUACUACGCGACAUACUUAUUGUUAACGGUUUAAAUACAAUUUUGAUAUAUUUAAUACUACAUGUCUAAACUGAGUGUUCUUGUUGGUAGAUUUCUUUUGCCUUUGUAUGGUUCGUAAUGUUGGCAACGCUAGUAUGCUGGUACUAGUUUGUAAAGAUGACGGGGGAUAAUUUUGAAUGGUUUAGAACCACAGUGAUAAAUAUUUCAUCCGAUGAUUUGAAUAGAAUACGGCUUUUAUCGGAACUGAAGUUAGCAUUUGGUGCACUAAAUAAUGUUCAACGGAAUUCAGUUGUACACAUUUUACAAUUGGACCAUAUAUUUGACUGCUUGAAUUCAUCAGAGACAGAACAGGUUGAACUGACAUGUGAAGUGUUGUCUCUGCUGUUAUCAGCCCUAGAACCAAGUCUUAUAUUUGGGCAGUAUGAGGAGGCAAUGUGUAGAGCUCUUGGCCACCCUGCACCAUGUGUCAAACAGUUUGUCAUUAAUGAGAUACAGCGUGCUGUGAGUCAUGGUGACCUUAUGCAGCUACUCAGUCAACAGGAGGAGGCGAUCCUGCUGUCUGUAGUUGCUUGCAUCUAUCAUGAUGACAUGUCUGUUGCCACUAGUGCCGUGUCUUUGUUGGUGCGGCUGGGAUCCUCUUCAGUAGGACUCGGCAUGCUGUACACUACACCCAUGGUGCAAGCCCUCAAGGAGGCCAUGAUGCAGCAAGACAUCAUCCGCUUUAGAGUGUAUGAGGUUGUGACUGAUGUAGCGGUGCACUCAGAUGCUGGUCUACAGGCUGGACAUGUCAGUGGUUUGCUCCCUGCUCUUAUAGCUGAGCUGCACAGCUCAGACAUCCUGCUACAGAUGAAUGUUCUAUCGCUGCUGACAAAGCUGGCCCUGUGCGAGCAUGGCUUUCAGUACCUGCAGCAGCAUGGCAUUUUGAAUGCACUCGCCAACAAGGUGACAGCUGUCAGUGAGGAUCCACUUGCCUCUCUCAUGCUGCCAGGAUUGAUAAAGUUUUUUGGUAAUAUGGCACAGUCAUGGCCGAAGGAGGUAUUUGCGGAGUACCCCAGAGUGGUUAUGGCUUUGUUUGAAACUUUUGACAACCCUGAUCUUGUGUUACUUGGAGUUGCGAUGGAGACUGUUGGUUAUAUUGGUACCACCGUUGAGGGGAAGUACAUGUUGGAGAGCCUAGGUGACACUAUGAGCCAUACGAUGAAGAAGUUGGCACACAAGAUUACAAAUUUGCCCACAGUGUUAAGGGUACGUGCUCUGAACACUGUUGCCAACCUCUUGGAGCUGAAGGUUUCAGAUCAAGACACACAGUCACUGACCCUUACAAGGUCUUGGUUUGAGCAGUUGGCACCCAACCCCAUGGAGCUGGUAAUGUCAGUAUGCCGUCAGCCAUUCACUGAGCUGCGGUUGGCAGGCCUGCAAGUUCUGCAGGUUUUGGCAGAGCAGCCAUGGGGUCAGGAAAGCAUCAAUGAUACUCCAGGUUUGAUCGAGUUCCUGCUGGAUCGAGCAAUUGAGACAAACAAGCUCUGUAAGGAUGCAAAGUUUGAAGUAGUGAAGAUAAUAGCAGAGUCCCCAACAGCUGCCACCUCAUUUGGAAAUGUCACAUUAUUGCGGUUCCGUGAGUUUAUGCACGAAGGCCCAUUCUAUGUGCAAGCACAGACGGAGGUGGCCAUAGAGGGUGCCUCAUGAUGUGCCUCAACGUUGAGUGUGUAUGUGUCAUUGUAAAGAAAUGUAUAGAAUAUAUUAAAAAUGCGAUUCAUAUCAUA